UUCUUCCAUAACUUUUAUAUUUCAUGCAGAACAGUUGUUGCUCCUCUUGAGAGGUUAAAGUUGGAGUAUAUAGUUCGUGGUGAGCAGAGGAAUCUAUUUGAGCUUAUGCAUGCUAUUGCAACAACACAAGGGUUGAAAGGCUUUUGGAAAGGGAACUUUGUCAACAUCCUCCGCACUGCUCCAUUCAAGGCAGUCAACUUCUACGCAUAUGACAGUUACAGAAAGCAACUGCUCAAAUGGUCUGGUAACGAAGAAUCUGCAAACUUUGAAAGAUUUAUUGCUGGUGCUUUUGCUGGUGUUACAGCAACUAUUAUGUGCAUACCUAUGGAUACAAUCAGGACAAAGAUGGUUGCUCCUGGUGGUGAAGCUUUAGGUGGGGUCAUUGGUGUUGCCCGCCACAUGAUCCAAACUGAAGGAUUCUUCUCGCUGUAUAAGGGAUUGGUGCCUUCUCUUAUCAGCAUGGCACCCUCUGGCGCUGUAUUCUAUGGAGUGUAUGACAUACUGAAGAUGGCUUAUCUGCAUUCUCCUGAAGGAAAGAAAAGGGUAUCGAUGAUGAAGCAACAAAAACAAGAGACAAAUGCAUUGGAUCAACUUGAACUGGGUACUGUGAGGACUUUACUCUAUGGGGCCAUUGCUGGUUGCUGUGCUGAAGCUGCUACAUACCCAUUUGAAGUGGUCCGUAGGCAGCUACAGAUGCAAGUAAAAGCAACCAGAAUGAAUGCGCUUGCAACAUGCCUUAAGAUUGUUGACCAAGGUGGGGUACCAGCACUGUAUGCUGGUCUAAUCCCCAGCUUGUUACAGGUUCUACCAUCAGCAUCGAUCAGCUAUUUUGUUUAUGAGUUAAUGAAGAUAGUUCUGAAAGUGGAGUGAAUACAAAUUCAUUGGUGAGCCUACAAGCAAGUUCAAAUGGCGACCACGUAUCUUGAUGAAAUUGCCGGGCAUCCCCAGUAACUUAUGCUGUGAGGGUAGUUUCAGGUUGGUAAAAUGGUUGUUCAUCUGAUGCUUUGCACACUAGUUGACCAAAUUGCACACGCGGUCCUAUUCGAGACCCGAUUCAGUGGCUUAAUAGAAGAUUGUUCUCUUCGACUCCCGUCCUAGGGAAAACAUCUCGGCCCUGUCCAAUUUCCGUUGACAAAUUUUACAUACUUUAUCGUUGAUGUAUGUGACACAUUGACAGCAAGCCAGAGUGACAUUUGAGUGA